AUGGCUACCUACCCCAAAGCUCAAUUUGACCCUUCUAAAUCUCACCAACUCUUCCCUUGUAUAUAACUCAUGUUCUUGCCCUCUCACAAACACAAGCACAAACACAAACACACCAACCUCGGGUAGUGAUAAAGAAAGAGAGAACAAUGGCACUUUCAAACUCCUCCACUCUAUCUUCCAAAUCGCUCAUUCAAACCUACCUUUCUCCCCACCAAUCUCACCAACCAAGUUUCUCUCUCCUUCCAGCCAACAACUCCUACCGGAAACCAGAACCCAUCUCCGCCGUUCACGCUGCAGAGCCUGCCAAGAGCGUUACGAAAACCCCAUCUCCGCCUGCGCCGACAAGAUGGAGCAUUGACAGUUGGAAAUCUAAGAAAGCUUUACAGCUUCCGGAAUACCCUAAUGAAGCCAGUCUCGCCGCUGUUCUUAAAACCCUUGAAGACUUUCCUCCGAUCGUGUUCGCCGGAGAGGCCAGGCACUUGGAGGAGCGCCUUGCCGAUGCUGCCGUGGGGAAAGCGUUCUUGUUGCAAGGAGGUGAUUGCGCCGAGAGUUUCAAAGAGUUCAGUGCUAAUAAUAUUCGUGAUACUUUCAGAUUGCUUCUGCAGAUGAGUGUUGUUCUGAUGUUUGGUGGACAGAUGCCAAUAAUUAAGGUUGGAAGAAUGGCUGGUCAGUUUGCAAAGCCAAGAUCAGAUGCAUAUGAGGAGAAAGAUGGGGUAAAGCUUCCAAGUUACAAAGGGGACAACAUCAAUGGUGAUGCUUUUAAUGAGAAAUCAAGAAUUCCAGACCCUGAAAGGAUGAUUAGAGCAUAUUGUCAAGCUGCAGCUACUCUUAAUCUUCUUAGGGCAUUUGCCACUGGAGGUUAUGCUGCAAUGCAAAGAGUCACUCAGUGGAAUCUUGAUUUUGUUGCAAAUAGUGAGCAGGGUGACAGGUAUCAGGAGCUUGCACACCGUGUGGAUGAGGCUUUGGGAUUUAUGUCUGCUGCUGGGUUGACCAUUGACCACCCUAUCAUGGCAACAACCGAUUUUUGGACAUCUCAUGAAUGUUUGCUUUUGCCUUAUGAACAAUCGCUUACUAGGCUUGAUACUACUUCUGGCCUUUACUAUGAUUGCUCCGCCCACAUGGUUUGGGUUGGGGAACGUACCCGCCAGCUGGACGGGGCCCACGUUGAGUUCCUACGUGGCGUUGCUAAUCCACUUGGCAUCAAGGUGAGUCAAAAGAUGGAUCCAAAUGAGCUAGUUAAGCUUGUUGACAUACUAAACCCUAAUAACAAACCAGGAAGAAUUACAGUUAUUGUAAGAAUGGGAGCUGAAAACAUGAGAGUGAAGCUUUCACCAUUGAUAAAAGCAGUGAGACAAGCUGGACAAGUUGUGACUUGGGUUUGUGAUCCAAUGCAUGGAAACACCAUAAAAGCUCCAUCUGGCCUUAAAACACGCCCCUUUGAUUCCAUUUUGGCGGAAGUGAGAGCUUUCUUUGAUGUUCAUGAGCAAGAAGGGAGUCAUCCAGGUGGCAUUCAUUUGGAGAUGACAGGUCAGAAUGUGACAGAGUGUGUUGGUGGGUCCCGCACAGUGACAUUUGAUGAUUUAAGCUCAAGAUACCACACACAUUGUGACCCAAGGCUAAAUGCUUCUCAAUCCCUUGAGUUAUCUUUCAUCAUUGCAGAAAGGCUAAGGAAGAGAAGAAUGGGAUCCCAAAACUCCCUUUCUUUGAAGUUUUAAAAAAUUUUGGUGUUUGUUUGUUAAAGUUUGUGGGAUUUUUAUGUUGACAUGUAGUUAAAUUUUGGAAACAAUAAUAAAUUAUGACUUAUGAGAUUGCUUUCAAUAAAAUGGUUUUAAGUGGCUUAUUUAUUUA